AUGCUCUGCGCUGUGCUCUUCAGUGGACUCUUAAUGUGGACGCUUCUGUUCGCCGUCAUGGGAUUACUUGCGAGCGGUGAACGUAGGCUAAAAUUCCGUAUCUUCCAUGAAGUGGCGGUUCAGGCACACAACAAAAGCGUUGAUCCGAUCUCAGUCGCCCAGUUGGCGGAGGCGAAAAAAAGGAUAGUGGAGGCCGAGCGGAGUCCGCAGAUGGUGCCCAUGAACCGCCUCCAAACUAAUCUUUUGGAGAUCUGUGAUUUGAUCAAGAGAGAUCCCUGUGAGAUCUGGCAGCCGGACAGUUGCCCCUCCUGGAGGCCAGGAUGCUACAACCGUCCACCGGCGAAAAUUUGCCCUCCCUGGGUACCAAGCUGCAAAGUACCCAUUCCGCCAAAGAUGUGUUGGUAUAAGCCGGGCCAGCCAUGUCCACCGCCUUUAGGGGCCUAUUGCCACGGAAGUGGUUGGUGUCAGCCAGGCAGCAAAUGCCCUAUUGAGACGACGUCACCUACAGAAACGUCAGCAAUAUCGAAAACACAAACUGCAAUAAGUUUGAGUACAACUACUCAAUUAAGGAUACCUUCCACAAUAACAGGCCCACCAAUCAAAACAACUGCAGUGUCAAAAUGGACUUCAAAAACUUCAAGUACAAAACCUUCAGUAAAACCAGCAUCCACUGCCGGGUCAGAAAUCAAAACGUCUACAAUGUCAAAAUGGAGUCCAAAAACUUCAAGUAUGAACCCUUCACUAAAACCAGCAUCCACAAUGUCAAAAUGGCGUACUUCAUCCGAGCCGGGUGAAUGCGGAAGACCAGGAGCUCCAGGUGGACCUUAUGGUCCAGGCGGUCCAAUGGGUCCCGGUGGACCUGGCGGUCCGGCGGGGCCUGGCGGACCGGGCGGACCUGGUGGACCGGGCGGACCGGGCAUGCCUUGGGGUCCUGGAGGACCUGGAGGCCCUGGUGGUCCAAACGGACCAGGAGGUCCUGGAGGCCCUGGAGGACCCGGGGGGCCGGGAGGACCAGGAGGACCUUGCGGGGCGGGAUGUGAAAAGAUCACAGGAAAAAAAACGACUCGGAAGCGAAAGUGUUGUAGAAAAGCUAAGCGUGCAUUCCAUCGAUCAGCAAUACAUGUAAAUAAGCCUCGUAAAGCUCACAUACCAAUUGGACCAACGGGAAAAGAGUCUUUUACCAAGCGUUUCUUAAAUGGCUUUGGUGAAAUCGAAAAACAUAAUCGCAAAAAUGACAACUUACUGAUAAAACCAAUGAUGUCGGCUAGCCCCAAUCGCAACGAUAAGCUUUGGAGAUCUGUUCGUAAGAAUGUAUCCAUUAUUAAAUCAAGAUCAAACGACAUAAGUAAGGAUCUGCAAUUAUUCAGAAGCUCAGAUAACUGCAUUGUUGCACAUGUCCUAAAAAUGUUCAACGAGGAAGAAAAAAAAAAAAAAAUUAAAACGAAGCCAAAGAUUUGUAAAAUAAAUCUAGUUAGUUUGUCCAAACUUAAACUAAGGUCGCAAAUGAACUAUGACAUAUAUGUACUUCUGCCCAUAUUAAUCAUAAAUAAUAACCGACUUACCUUUGAAAUGUCUCAAUCACCUAAGUUGAAGUGAUAACGGUUAUAGGGUUCUGCUCUAGAAAAGGGGACUCACCCCUGAAAUUUGCGAAAAGAUUAUUCUCGAUGGACCGUGGUUUCUUAAAAUAAUAUCCCGACGGUCACCCAUGGUUCUCUUGAACUUUAAUUUCAAAGCUGCGUAUUUUUCCAUAAAAAACAAGAAUGCUUUUAAAUUAUUUUUAGUAAUGUAAUUGA